AAUCAGCAUUUGGAGCCUAUUUACAUACUUAUGCGAGUCUUCAUUUAAAUUUUCUUAAAGAUAUUGCUGCCUAUCUUAAUUCAACUUUUUGGGCAUCAUUUGCCUUCGGUCGUCUUUGUGGAAUUCCACUAUCGACUAAAUUAUCUUCAUUGCAAAUGAUCUUUAUCGAUUUAAUCGGUUGUAUUGGUUCACUCGUACUUCUUUUUGUUUUUAAUAAAUCAUCAAUUAUCUUAUGGAUUGGUUCAAUUCUGUUCGGACUUUUUAUUGCUUCAAUUUAUCCAUCGACAAUAUCCUAUACUGAGGAACAUAUUAAAUUGAAUGGUAAACGCAUGUCAAUUUUGGCUAUUGGUGGUUCGAUGGGUGGGGCAAUUAUACCUCUUCUAAUUAGUUUCUGUAUGAAUUCAAUAUUGAUCGGUACUAUUGGCUUUAUUCUCGUCACACUUGCUGUUAUGAUCUUGGCUUCUAUACUUUUCGGACUUAUUGUAUUCUAUAUCGGUAAACGUUAA